AUGGCAUCAACGAAACCUGCCGGCCAAGCAGCAGUGCCUCGCAAAGGCAGCAACAACGCUAGCGUGACCAAGAGCCACCACAAGAAGAAGAAGAAGACGCCGCUGUCGUCGUCACCGUCGUCGUCCAAGGGCAACAGUCCCGGCAACGAGACCCCUGUGCCCGUCGAUCCGCGACCGGUGGAUCCGCCCCCUGUCUCUGGUGCAUGGGGCAAGCCCGACCCCUUGGCAACGAGCGUGCCGCCCCCAGGGUUUGCGUCCAGUCACGUCGUGGACUCGAUCCAUGCGAACUUUAGUGACGCCCACGUGCGCCUUCUCCGCCACCGCGCGCUGUUCACGUUCCGCUUCUUAGUCGGCAAAGCCGUCGAGCUGCGCCUCGUGGCGCCCGACGAGCGCUACGCCGGCAUCUUGGACUGCAUCGACCCCGACGACUUUUCCGUCGUGCUCAAGAACGCCCGGCGGCUCGCGAGCCCCCGCAGCAGCGCAGGCGCAAAGCCGUUUGCCGAUGGCAGUACAGUGGUCUUUCGGCGCCACCAGCUCGCGCAUGUGGUUGCAGACGGGGCGAUCGACGACGCCGACAGCUGCCGGUUCGCUGUUGCCUCAAGUGGCUCGUCUGCGGCGGCUGCGGCGGCUGGUGGCGCGUUCCGCACGGACACGGAAAUCAGCGGCACGUCACGAGAGCAUCUCAUUGGUCGACAGCUCGAAGCAGCGAGUUCCUGGCUCGACCCGGCGCUCGACACGGACGCGCUCGAGGACAGUGCGACGGCGUCGGCGCUCGGGGACGCGCGACAGAGCGCCGGGCCGCGCAAGACGGGCGCGUGGGACCAGUUUGAAGCCAACGAGAAGCUCUUUGGCGUCGUGUCGACGUACGACGAGUCGAUGUACACGACGACGUUGGACAAGUCGAAGAUCUCGAGCGCACAGGCGCGCGCGGCCGCGACGCUCGCGCAGGAAAUUGAGCAGCAGACGGCCGAAGGGAACUUUCACUUGCAGGAGGAGCGCGGACAGUGGGGACGGGGCGGACCGCGCGCGACGGACGUGGACGAAGAGACGCGGUACAGCUCUGUGGACCGCCGAGGCGCUCGGGCGGCACGUGGCGGCGGAAAUGUGUACGUGCCGCCAGCGCUGCGGCACGCGCAGCAUGCAGCGAGUGGCGACAAGUUGCACGACUUGACAGGUGCUGCAAAGGGUACUGGUGCAGUACCGACUGGUACGGCAAAGACAGUGGCGUCGUCAACUCCAGAGGCGGUGUCGUCUGCUCCUGCAGUCGCUGAUGCUGCAGUCGCUGUUGCUGCUGCUGCACCCAAACCACUUUCGUUCAGUGAGGCUGUUACGGGUCGAUCGGCACCCGCUCCGGCUCCUGCUGCAGCUCCUGCCACUGCCACUGCUGCAAGACGUGUGGCUGCGUCUGCGGGUGUCUCGAAGGACGAGCCAGAAGAGAAGAAAGAGAGUGCUGCUGAUUUGCAGAAUGCAGCAGUGUCGGCACAACAGGUGCACAACAAGGACAACAAGUCGGUUGCUGGCAAGUUGAAGGGGGCUGCUACAAAGAAGAAGGAUGUAGUCGGUGGAAAUGAAAAGAAGACAGAGACGAAGGCGGGUCAGAAGUCUGAGAGCAAACCAGUGUCCUCAUGCUCGACGCCGACGACUGUGACGACGACAUCGACCAGCACUACGACGACCGCACGUAAGGCAGCAAAAGAUGAGACAUCUAAGGCUGCAUCGAAGAAGGGGUUAAAUUUGAAUGCCAAGGAGUUCAGGCUGAGCGCCUCAGCAGCCGAGUUCACGCCCAGUUUUUCAGUGGCUCCGGUUAUGAGAGGAGGACAGGCGGUGUCGCCUUACCACCACGGCUCCCCAGGCACGAUGCCUUACCCGCAUCCUGCUAUGGGUUACCCACCGCCGAUGCAAGAGGAGUGGAUGUACGACGGCGCUAUGGGCGUAGAAGAAGGCGGUGAGAUGGGCAUGCCUCCGUAUAUGCAGGGUGGCUAUGCGAUGCCGAUGGGACCCAACGGAGUUCCUAUGAUGUACUCUCCGAUAAUGCCUCAGCAGAACAUGCGCAUGAUGGGCGGCCAACGCGGCAACUACGGCGGUUAUCAGCAGCAGGUAUACACCCCUCGGGGGUACUGCUCGCCGCCAAAUGGUGGCAUUCCUGGAGCUGGCGUACCAUUUGCCGGCGGGUCUAGCAUGCCUGGAGGUACAGGUCCUCAACCCCCUCUUCCUCCGUCGUCUAGUAGUGGCAACGCUCCCAGCGAAGCUUCUACUGCUGGUGCUCCAGCUCCCGCCGCGUCUGCGAUGAACUCAGAAGUACAUCCUGCUGUUGCGAGGUCAAAGCAGGUGCCGUCAGCUUCCAAGAAAAAGUAG